AUGAGAGGUGAAUCCCAAGACGAUUAUAAGCCUGAGCAAUCAAAAACUUUAUCUUCUCGUGCAAAAGGAUACAAAAAAAAGUCCCUGGAUAUAGUUCGACUGGAAAGAGGAAGGGUUACUAGCCAAGAGAUUCUCGAGAAGUACAGGAAGCCUGGAAUUAUAGAAGCCAUGGAAAGACCUAUAGAAAGCGUUGUAUUCAGGAAUAAAUUGUCAAGGGUUAGAGGGAGAAUAGGGUUUGACGACUUGGCACUAUACAACAUCGGGAAGUGCAUAACAGCGAUGUCACUUCCUGCAAAGCAUAGCAAGUACAUUUUUGUUGGAAUUAAAGAAGGAUUUCAAGGAGAGUCAACAUUCCGAUUCUCAUCGGAGGCCUCCGAGGUCUAUCUAUUUGACCAGUCGCUGAAUCUUCGGCAUGUUCUAAGCUUUAAAUUUGGAUAUUGUAGAAAAAUGGAAACGAUACAGGAAAAGAAUGUCAUCCGCUGUGUUGCGCUGUUCAGCGAUGGAUUUAUCAGAAGAUUUGACUUUGAAGAGGAGAUCAAGAACAUGACACUAAUCGAAACGGAGGAGAUGGUGAACUUUGAGAUCUGCUGGGACUACAACCUUAUUUUUGCAACUGAUGGGAAGGUUCUUGUGUGGAUACAGCAAAAUUCUGUUGUGUCCGUGUUUAGUGGAGUAAAAGGGAUGAUAACAUCUAUAACCAUCAAAAGAGGAGCGCUUCAGGAGGGCAGAGAUGAGGGCUGUUCUCUGAAUUGCACACCCUUGGACAAAUCAUCCCUCGAGUUCUAUGCCCUCUGCAUAAGCGGAAAGAUAUUUAGGUUUGACUAUAGGUUUCAGGAGAAAAAAAGGAUAUCCUUUCCCUCCGGAUAUACAUUCAUCAAGUACUUAAGCCAGGUAGCCACACUUAUUAUUGUGGAUACAUUGAACAAUAUUACAAAGGUCCUUUACGAUGAAGGGGAUUCCCAGAGAACCAGCACGAUGUUCAAUUAUUCAUUAUCUUGCUGCAGGUCGAGCGAUAAGAGGAUCCUUAUUGGGGGGUUUGACGGAACCAUUAGGAAUGCAAAGGUCAAUAAAAGAAAAGCCAGAGUAAAGACUCUUUUCCAAGUAGUGCGAAAGGGAGAUGAAGUUAUACUUGGACAUUCCGAAGAGGAAUUUAAGAGACUUGAUUCGAAAGGAAGGCCAUUUAAUGAUAAUUCGGAAAGGGUUGUAGACUUGUGUAUGGGAGGAUCUGAUUUGUUUGCUGCAUAUGAAUGCGGGAUUGUUGUUGCUCUUGGAUUAGCGUAA